AUGAGAAUCGCCCGUUUCGCUUUUCGGUCCCUCAACGACGUAGCUUCCUUUCGACCAUGUCGUCCCUUCGUCUCUCGAAGCCUCGCGACCAACGCCAACGAAGACGAUUGGAUAUUCGGCGGAAAUGCCGGCAACGAUGACAACAGCAACGGUUUCUACCAGCAUCUCGGUAAAGCGGAGAAAGACAAGCGCGAUUACUCAGGCUUUAAUAGGCAAUACGGGAACACGUCGAGAUUCUCCGGCGGAGGUUCCAUGAACAGGGACGAGAUCUUUGAUCCUUCCUCCGAUGGCGUUGAUGGUAAAUUGAAGGAAGCUGCACUUCUUUACAAGAUCGACGAUGAUGAAGACGUCAAGGAUGGUUACACUUUCAGGCCUGAUGGCAACAGUCGAGGGUUUGAUCCCUACCCUAGGGAUUUAAGUUUUAAAAAGCAGUUACAAAGACCUAGACAGAAUAUCAAGUCUGAGAUAACCACCGAGGAAGUUCUGAACAAAGCUGAUUUCAGGAAUGUUAGGUUCCUUGCUCAGUUCAUCACAGAAGCUGGGAUCAUCAUUAAGAGGAAGCAGACUGGCAUCAGCGCCAAGGCACAAAGGAAGAUUGCUAGAGAGAUCAAAACGGCCCGUGCGUUUGGGCUGAUGCCUUUCACAACAAUGGGUACAAAGGCAUUCACGUUUGGGAAAACCAUGGAGAACAGAGACCAAGAUUUCGAGUAUGAAGUGCUUGACGAUGAUGAUGACUUUGACAACGUACCUCAAUGA